CAUCCUCAUACACCGGAUGAGUAGGAUAUUUGCUUUGUUUUACACAAUCCACUUUCUUUUGGUGUUGAGCAGCAGUUUCGUGUUGGACAGUAGGAAAUCGUGCGGGUUUUUAGGCAGUCACAUUCACCGUCAUCAUUUGUAUGACAACCUGGAAACUGUUGGUUCACGUGACCAGCUGGGUACCACUGAAAAUCCCCCGGAUGAUUAUUAUGGGCUAAAUAGCUCGGAUGAUCACUAUGGCGGAGCAAAUAGCGUUGAUUCGGUUGGUGGUACAGCUGAACUUUCGGGAUCUGAUAGCGCUGCCACAUCAAACAAGGAUGCGGGUAGCAUUAUGAUCCCUUACUCUGUGAACUAUCCAGUCCAUCAUGAGGAGCUUCGUGGUGUUGUUGCUGACGAACGCCAUGAAAAGGCUAAAGAGAAAUUGGAGCAUUUAGGUUUCUUUUCACCUCUUGCCAGCGAAACUGCACAUUUGAACACUAGGCAGCGUGACAUAUCGGGACCUUCCGACAGUCACUCUUUGACGAUGUCAACUUUGGAGCCUGAGAGCCGCAUAUGGGAGUGUAUGAAGUCAUCUUCAUUGUUACAGCAAAUUGGUACUAAGCAGGCAUCGGUUCAGGAAUUGACAUUACAAUCUCCUAGCAGGAUGGAUUACGAGAGCAUACGUGACCAGUGGGUUAUAGGCAGGGCUCGCAUUCAUUGGUUUCCACGUUACUUUGGUAAGAGUCUGGGUGAGCUCUCUGAGUACAUCAAGAUGUGUGAUGUUAUUCUUGACGUUCGCGAUGCGAGGAUCCCUUAUGUUGCGGAUUCCGACUUUCUAUUGAAUGUCUAUAACAACAUGUUUACUCACAAGCCUAAGAUAAUCGUUUUUACUCAUGCUGAUUUAAGUUCUAUCAAUGGAUCUGACGAAUGGGCCACUUAUUACCGCAUUAAGAACUUUUGGGAAGCCCAGGCGUUCAAUAGGAACAUUCCUGAUCCUAACAAGAAGCCGGUGACCCCUGUGAUAUUUGUCAAUGCUCGUGACGGAAUUUCGUGUAUAGUUCGCUUAAAGAAGUUGAUAUACAAGUUAUGCCACCGUGCAAAUCAAAAACGCUUGCGUCGUGGUUUAGCUGCACGCCCACUGCGUGCAAUUGCUUUGGGCAUGCCCAAUGUUGGCAAGAGUGCGCUUAUUAACCGUCUUCUUGGUCGUCACAAAGCUCGUAGUUUCAAUGCAGCGGGUGUAACUCGUGACAUACGACUCGUCCGUCUACACCCUGAUGAGUACAGGGAGGCAGCCCACAAGAUUAUAGAUGUGAUAGACACUCCUGGAGUGCUGCCUGCUAAUUUGUAUAACAUGGCCUUUGGGCCAGUUGGUAACAAGGCCAGUCGUAAGCGGAAUAGGUUACUGGGCAGUAUAUAUUUUAAGCUACCGCGCACGAGUGUUCAGGGUGGCCACAGCAAAAGCGGUAUUGAUGCGAUCCAUACAGGUUUAGAGCGCAAUGUAUGGCUCAUAGCUGCUGCUAACCAAAUAGUUGAGGGUGCUUAUGACAACGACCAGGCAGCGGAAAACUUGCUUGAGCAGGCUUUGCAUGUAUAUAGGUCCAAGCGAUCGUAUGUAGAUUUACCGCGUAUAUUGAAGCGUAUUGGCAUUGACUAUACCCCUAGCAUACUGGAGAUGCAUCCAGAGGAUUUUAGCCACGAGUGCCUGCAGGUUGCUAGUUAUAAACAUCACGGUGGUGACCUCAAUGCUGCAGCCAGCCGUAUAUUGUCUGACUUUAGGCGUGGUUACUAUGGUCGCAUAACUUUGCAACUACCCCCUGAUACUGUGUCUAACCGUUAUUCAGUACCAUUCAACGGUAUCGAGGAACCCAAACCAAGUUCUACUCACGCCAAUCGUGAAUACUCCCAAGGUUUAUACGAGGGAUGGUAACGCCGUGCGGUGGUCAUACGUGACUACAGCCCUGUGAACG